CCUCCAAACAUGAUUUCUUCUGUUCGCAAGCUUGUGCACGCGAAGACUCCAUGAGGUCCUUGUUUACCCCUAACUCGCACUACCGCCAAGUUCACCACCACGCCGAGCAGAAUGCUCCCCGAGCUUAUCAGCCGCCCUUGGGCCUCGUGCCUUCUGGUGGCCUGUACCCCGUCACUCCACCUCAGCCCAUUCCACGCUCCCAUCGACCCCAUCAUGGACACAAGCGCUCCGAGGCAGCCGAUAUGCCUCCGCAAAGAAAUUUCGAGAUGAUGAUGCCACCCACACUAUCCAUGAUCUGUGCCAGAGUGCAGGCCAAAAGGGAGGCGAAAGCGGUGGCUGGACCUCCUGGAAACCAACGCAAAUUCGUCCCUGUAGACCUUGACAAGGCCCUCCCUCAAACUCCCGAUUCACCUGGUAUGUUGAAGAAGGCGGGCCCUCCCGUUGGAGGUUUUCCCGUCGUUCGAAAAUCCGCCUCCACAGUUUUCCAUUCCAGUCAUCAGGCUGCCACGCCUCCUCUG